ACUGUCAAAAUCAAAACUUUCAAAACACGUGUUUUUUAAAAUGAAAUGAGGUGUUUGUUAGUCUUAGAUUUAAGUGAACUGCAGUUAACUAACAAUUUUGUAUUGUGUUAUGGUGAUGCUUAUUUGUAUUAACAAUGCCGCCAUAUAAAACUGGUUUACUGAAACGAAAAAUAUCCGAUAAUACCGAUAAAACUGAGGAUAACGGCACUAAUAGUAGUUGUGAUGAUAACAAUUUAAUUUGUGGUGACUUGGACAAAGACCCGGAUUCGUCGGACUCUGACAACGAGGAUGAUCGUGUUGCCUCGGACACCGAACUAGAUGGAGUAGUGUUUGAUAGUGGCGACUCUCUUCUGAGUGAUGAUGCCGCUACUGAGUCUCUAGAUGAAUCAUCGGAUGUUACUGAUUCAGAAGAAGAUGAUGCAUCCGAUGGCAGCAACGAGGAGACUGAUGAUGGAAACAGUGACAGCAACACAGGCGUAAGAAGCCAAGAAGAUGUUAAGUCAAAUGCAAACACAAGUAAAAUUAAAUUAAAGCCUGACAAUGAAGACAGCGGCGCAGAGUCUGGCAGCGGGAUGGUCUCCCGGCCCAGCACUGUACAGCGACACAGCACCAACAAUAAGACAUUUAAAAAGAAACUAUUUAAACAGAAACCCACAAAAUCCUUAGAAGAUAAAAAAACAAAUAGUAGCAUAGAUGCUUUGGAGCAACAAAUUAAGGAAGUACAGGUUAAUAUACAGCCGGUGCAGGAAAAAGGUACUUUUGUUAACAUUUUAUCAUGCUUUCAUAGUUUUAUCAGGUCAAUAAGGACAAAUCCAGUCAUCUACUUCUGAUG